CACACCUCCCCCUCUCCCUCUAUAUAACAACUCCUCUCACUCUUCCGCCUCACAUCAUCUCACACAUCUCUCUUCUAUGUCCGCUUAUUUUCGCAGAUCACCUCUCUUUCCUGAACCAUUUUUCUCUCGUCCCAAACAACAAAAGAUGCCAGCUUGUAUCCAUACUUCAAGACCAGACACCACUCAAUCAAACCCACGUUCCUGCGAUCCAAACGGGUUCCAAGUUCACAAUGACCUAAAAUUAUGCCGACCCAGUUUCCCAGAUCUUGAUUCCUGCGUACCCAUCACCCAAAUUCAACCAAAAACCAUCCAAACCCGCACAGCCGUUGAUUCCAUUGAUGAUGAUGAUCUGUGGCUGAGAAUGAAAGAUGAAGCUCGAUCAGACGUUGACCAAGAACCCAUUUUGUCAAACUUCUAUUUCACCUCAAUCUUAUCUCAUGAUUCCCUAGGAAGUGCCCUAGCCAAUCACCUAUCCAUGAAGUUAAGCAAUUCAAGUCUUCCAAGUAAUACCCUGUAUGCUCUUUUCCUAGGGGUGCUCACAGAGAAUCAAGAAAUCAUGAAAGCAAUUCAAGAUGAUUUGAGGGCAGUGAAAGAGAGAGACCCAGCUUGCAUUAGCUAUGUGCACUGUUUCUUAAAUUUCAAAGGCUUUUUGGCAAUCCAAGCUCAUAGGAUGGCACACAAUUUAUGGUCACAGGGUAGAAAAAUUCUAUCCCUUGUGAUUCAAAACAGGAUAUCUGAGGUUUUUGCAGUGGAUAUCCACCCGGGGGCGAAGAUUGGACGGGGGAUAUUGCUCGAUCACGCCACCGGAUUGGUGGUCGGAGAGACGGCGGUGAUCGGAGAUAAUGUGUCAAUUUUGCACAAUGUGACAUUGGGUGGCACUGGCAAGGCUAGUGGGGAUAGGCAUCCAAAAAUUGGGGAUGGGGUGUUGAUUGGGGCAGGGACUUGUGUUUUGGGCAAUGUUAAGAUUGGUGAUGGGGCUAAAAUUGGGGCAGGGUCAGUGGUGUUGAAGGAAGUGCCACCUAGGACCACUGCUGUUGGGAAUCCAGCUAGAUUGAUUGGAGGAAAAGAAAAUCCAGUUAGGCUUGACAAGGUUCCUAGUUUAACCAUGGAUCAUACUUCAGAUAUCUGUGAGUGGUCUGAUUAUGUUAUUUAGAGGAGGCCCAUUUAACUAUGAGACCCUCCUUAAGGGCGAGAUUUUUUUGUUUUUGAAAUUUUCUAUUCUUCUAUCUCAAUACAUUUGUAACCGAUUAAUUAUGUCUCGAAAUUCUCACUAUAUGGAUUGGAAGAAGACAAAGAUUUGGGUACAAAAAUUCCUUGGCCUGUAUGCUAAGGUUUGGCAAAAAAAAAGUUAUAUCUCGAAAUUCUCAGCGUAUGGGUUAUAAUUGCAUUUGGGAUAGAGAGAAGAUGGAAAGAUUUGGACACACAAAAUCCCGGGCCGGUUGGGUAGGUUCAGCCACCUUUGUAAAGGGAGAAUUGAAGUUCUCCUGUUAGCAAAUAGAAAUCCUUAUGAGUUGCUAAUAUAUACUUAUUAGCUAAACAAGAUCUUUGGUUUUGGAAUUUAGUGUUUGUACUAUUAGGUUAGUAGGAACAUGUUGCCAAGACCACCAUGUACUAUUGGUAUAGAGUAAAAAUGCUUUCUUGUUGUCACAUAAUUUAUUUUACAUUGUUCUCUCUUAUUUUCCAAGACUGCAAUGUGCUAUGACUAUGGAAUAACAUGUUUUUGCCUUGUCACA